AUGCCUCACAGCACAGAGUCCCUCAAGCUCAGCAGCAACAACUUGUCCGUCAUCGCCUCGCAGGAUGGCGACCGCAUCGUGAGGACGCCGACCUACAGCCGCGGCGAUGCCGUCAAGGAGGGCAUCGUCCACGUCGGCGUCGGCGGCUUCCACCGCGCCCACCUCGCCGUCUACGUCGACCAGCUGAUGCAGAAGCACGGCCAGCGCGACUGGGCCAUCUGCGGCGUCGGCCUCCGCCCCAACGACGCCGCCAUGCGCGACGUCCUCGCCGCCCAGGACCACCUCUACACCGUCAUCGAGCGCUCCGCCAAGGGCAGCGCCGCCGCCGUCGUCGGCAGCAUCAACUCCUUCCUCUACGCCCCCGACGACCGCGAGGCCGUCAUCGCCAAGAUGGCCCACCCGGACACCCACAUCGUCUCCCUGACCAUCACCGAGAGCGGCUACUACUACAACGAGAACACCCACGAGCUGCAGGCCGACCACCCGGACAUCCGCCACGACCUCGAGAACCCCGACGCCCCCGUCAGCACCUUUGGCUUCCUCUACGCCGCCAUGGCGAGGCGCCACGCCCAGGGUCUCAGGCCCUUCACCGUCAUGUCCUGCGACAACAUGCAGAAGAACGGCUCCAUCACCCGCCACAUGCUCGAGUCCUUCGCCCGCCUCCGCGACCCGGCCGUCGCCCGCUGGAUCGCCGACGAGGGCGCCUUCCCCAACGCCAUGGUCGACCGCAUCACCCCGAGCACCUCGCCCAAGGACAUCGCGUCGCUGGCCGACGCCUUCGGCAUCGAGGACGCCUGGCCCGUCGUCACCGAGCCCUUCAUGCAGUGGGUCAUCGAGGACAAGUUCGCCGACGGCCGCCCGCCCUUCGAGAAGGUCGGCGUCCAGGUCGUCGAGGGCGUCCACGAGGUCGAGCAGUUCGAGAAGCACAAGCUCCGCCUGCUCAACGCCAGCCACUCCGCCAUGGCCUACCCGGGCCAGCUCGCCGGCUUCAAGUACGUCCACGAGGUCAUGGAGCAUCCCGUCUACCGCGAGUUCGUCUGGCAGAUGAUGCAGCAGGAGGUGAAGCCCCUGCUGCCCGACAUCGCCGGCGUCGACAUUGACCAGUACUGCCACACCCUCAUGGAGCGCUUCUCCAACCCGACCAUCAUGGACGGCAUCCCCCGCGUCGCCCUCGGCGCCUCCGGCAAGAUCCCGCAGUUCAUCAUGCCCUCCAUCGCCGAGCAGAUCUGGGCCACGGGGCCCUUCCGCCGCCUGUGCUUCGUCGCCGGCGCCUGGUUCCUCUACCUCCGCGGCGUCGACGACGAGGGCAACGCCUUCGAGGUCGACGACCCCAUGCGCGAGCAGCUGCAGGCCCUCGCCGCGGCCGGCGGCAACGACCCGCGUCAGCUGCUCAGCGUCAAGGUGCUCUUCGGCGACGACCUGCGCGCCGACGAGCGCUUCAUCAACGAGGUCGCCAACGCCAUGGAGCUCAUCUCCAAGGACGGCGUCAUGGCCACCCUGCCCAAGUACGUCGACUAG